AUGGACGAAGCACCAAAUCAAACUUCAACUAAUCAUAACAAGGUUGAUAAAGAUAAACUUGCGUCCACAAGGGCAGAGAUGGGUGAGGUAAGAGAAGAGAACAAGAGGUUAAAAACAAUGUUGUCACGCAUCGUAGAGGACUACCGAUCUCUUCAAUUACACUUCCAUGACGUUCUUCAAAAAGGAAAAGCCAAGAAGCUUGCUGACCCCUCGACCAUCAUGCCCACCGGCAUCGAGGAGCCUGAAUUCGUCUCACUGAGCCUCGGCACGAGCACAAGCACGCACAGGAAGGAAGAGAAGAAUAGUGCUGCAGAAGGAAAUGGGAGAGAAGACUUCAUGAGUAUUAAAGAAGAAGGCCUGUCACUUGGACUGUCAGCCUGCAAAGAUAGUGCAACUAAUAGCAUUGCAAAGAUCCAGCCCGAUGUGAUGACCUUGAGCCCUGAAGUUAGCUCCGAGGAUGCCAAGAACGAUGCCAUGGAGGCAGCAGAUCAGCAGUGGCUGCCAAGCAAAACGCAGAAGAACGAGGAACGUCGGCACGGAGCCUGA